UAGUUUUUACAUAUUAUUGGCUAGCCAUUGCAAUUUCAACUUCAAGUUUCGAAGAAUUGCCUUCCCCGAUCAAACUCAAAGCUCGAAGUUUCUCCCUGAUCAAACCUAAGGAAAUGGGGAGCGAAAACGAACCCGCAAAACUACUGUUGCCGUAUCUACAACGAGCCGAUGAACUGCAAAAACACGAACCUCUAGUUGGUUAUUAUUGUCGAUUAUAUGCGAUGGAGAAGGGGUUAAAGAUUCCACAAAGCGAGCGAACCAGAACCACUAAUUCUCUUCUUGUUUCCCUUAUGAAUCAGCUUGAAAAGGAUAAGAAGACGCUGAAGUUGGGGCCUGAAGAUAACUUGCACGUGGAGGGAUUUGCAUUAAAUGUUUUCGCAAAGGCAGACAAGCAAGAUCGAGCUGGACGGGCAGAUUUGAAUACGGCAAAAACAUUUUAUGCAGCAAGCAUUUUCUUUGAGAUUUUAAACCAGUUUGGUGACCUCCAGCUGGAUCUUGAGCAGAAACAGAGGUAUGCAGUUUGGAAAGCUGCAGAUAUAAGGAAAGCUUUGAAAGAAGGAAGGAAGCCCAAUCCAGGUCCUCCUGCUGGCGAUGAAGACUUAUCAAUUCCAUCGAGUGCACCUGGCAAUGGUUAUGAUCUUGGGACUACUGAGACUGUAGCUACCAGUCCUCGACAAGAAUCUGAUCAAAAUUCACACUUCCACGAUCAAUUCAAUGACCAUCAUUCGACAAGCAUUCAACCAUCUGUCCAGUUCCAUGAGACGGUUAACAAUCAGCAUUCUGCUCACAUGGCUUCACAGCCUCAGUUCCAUGACUCAGUAGACAACCACCAUCCCGCAAAUAUCCCACCAUCGCAUCCCUCUUACACUUCUGCUGGUUAUCCUCCCCACGAUUUUCAUCCGCCUCCUCCAGCAAGCGGAUCAGAGGAUUCUCCAUAUUCUCAGCCAUACCACCAUCAGUCCUAUUCACAAGAACCUCAACAGCCUGUGCUACGGAAUUAUCCAUCCCAUGAAGCACCCUCUUACUCAUAUCCCAAUUUCCAGUCUUAUCCCAGUUUCACAGAGAGCAGUCUUCCAUCAGUACCAUCACAUAUUCCUUAUUAUCAGGGCUCUGAUUCUUCUUAUGCUCCGCAAUCAGCUCCUAGCAACUAUCCAUCAACUGCCCAAUACACUUCAGGCAGUAGAAAUGGAACCAGUUCGGAUCCUGCUCCUACUCCCGCUCAAACAUACCAAUAUGACAGCAAUUAUCAGCCUCCACCUGAGAAAAUUGCCGAGGCACACAAAGCUGCUAGAUUUGCAGUUGGAGCCUUGGCAUUUGAUGAUGUGUCAGUUGCAGUGGAUUACUUAAGGAAAUCACUUGAAUUGCUGACGAACCCAUCGUCUGGUCAGUGAGUUAUUCAUUUCUUCCAUUAAGGUCAGACUCCAUUGGUGCUUCUAUCAUUUGGUUUUGACUUUUGAAUCCUUCAAUAUGUAAAUUGAUUAGAUAUUUGCAUAAAGAGACUCACAAUUGUCCAUUUUGACAUACUGAGUGAAUGAAAGUUAUUAUUUAUAA